AGAGAUUGUAACGGCUACUUGCAGAGUCAGGUGUUCAAAUUUCUCUCUCUCUCACCUCAAUUGUCUAGAAAAAUGCAAAUCAGAGCCUCUAGUUUAACCAAUUAACCAAAACCUACCAUCUAUCUCACCACCCUCAUCACCACUCUCUCUCUCUCUCUCAUCGCCCAAAAUGGAUCAGAAACCUGAACCUUCGACCAAGUUGACCACCAACAACGAAGAAGAAAGAGGAGGACUCGACGAGGAAGAGUUCUACGAGAAGAUCGAAGCCCCCAAGUUCGUUGACUUCACCGCUCCAGAUCCCUACCGACCCGACGACCGCUACUGGUUCUGCCUUCGAGUGGGCUGUGACCAAAAGCAUGAAGAAGAGAUAGACCAUGAAGCAAUUUCCAAAGAUUUUGUUCUUCGGGUCAUGGCAGCCAGGAGUCCCUACAUCCGACUUCGACAAAUACUGAACAGAAAGGCCUCUAGUGCGAAAGAGAAAUGCCCACUUUCAGCUCCCCCAAAACCUUCAAAGUCUAGAGUAUCAAGAUUAGCAGUGAUCUCUUCAUUUUCCCAAAAGUUGAUUGAUGGAAAAGGGAAAGCUAAACCUCUUUCUAAGAUUGCUUCGACCCCAAAAGCCAAGGGAAAGCAAGUUGCAGCUAAGUAUUUGACCACUCCUAGGAACAAAAACUGCGUUCCGAAUCCAAACUCCUUUCGAAGUGCUCAAAAUCCCAAGCCAACAAGCAUUGCAGUGCCUAAGAGUAGAACGAUAGCGAAGACUUUGGUUUUCCACUCUCCAAAGAAAGGCAUUGUUGUGAAAACUUUGUCAGAAUUGCGUACCCCUUUGACAAAGAUUUGUGAAGGGUUGAAGAGGCUUGAGAUAACUGGUCAAAGGAAGCGUAUAUUGGGGUAUUCUAACAAGUCAUCGAAGGAAAUAAGAUGCGGUCCUAACAAAUCAGUGCCAGCGGAUCCUUCAAUGAGGAAUCUAAGUUCUUGCAAGAACAAAAGUAAGGCCAAGGACUUGUUUAGGACUCAGAAAAACGAGAAGAAGGAAACGAAGUCUUUAAGAUGUAUCAAGAGAAAGAGUGAAGGGAACUCAAACAAAUGCUGCAACUCUAGGCCCAACAAAUUGGCUGAAAAUAGAAGACCAAGCGAGGGUACAGUAUUGGAGAAUUCAGGGAUUACUCAAGGAAAAGCACAUGAGGGACUAUUGCAAAACGAGAAAACAUCCGGAAAUCCAGAUUCCAUGGAUUCUAGUCAAGAAGAAGCCAUUCUUUGCUCAGAGGUAGCGCGAUCAAUAAAGCCUUCGGAUAUUGUGUCAUCAGAAGCCUCAAGAGGCGAGAUGAACUCCUCAUCAAACUCGAAAGAUGGUAAUUUGGAAGAAAAUGACAUGUCCAAAUUUCAAGCAAAUUUAGAAGAGCAAGGGAAUGAAUCUCAAACUUUAGGAGAGGAGGUAGGACAUGAAGGCGAAGCCAUGGAAAGUGAUGACAAAGAAAAUGCUUCAGCGUCUAAUGAUAACAGAGAUUUCAAGGAUAACAACAAUCACUCUGGAAGAACAGUACUUGGCAAGCAGAAGACAGAUGAAGUCACUAAAAAGGUUGCUCGAACACAGUACAAGAAUUUGAAAGAAGGGAUCACUGUAGCUGCCACUGGUGCUCAAGGGAUUAAGUAUAAGAAACCAAAACCAACAAAUCCAAAACCUUUCAGGCUUAGGACAGAUGAGAGAAGAAUUCUUAAAGAAGCUAACUUGGAGAGAAGAAUGCAAUCAAUAGUUCCUGAAAAUGAAACUGCCAAAGUCUCAACGCUCCCAGCCGGAAUUUUGCAGAAAAGGCAUGGGAGUGAAAUCCAGAGAAACGGUAAAUGCCUUGAGGAAAGCAACUGCAACCAUGAUACACAUGAAAGCAGUGGCAAAGAACUAGAGACGAGUGUACAAAAGAACGAACCUCAUAGAACAGUUGGCCCAAGGACUCCAGAAGGACAAGUGCGACUAAAAACUGCUAUUACAACCCCACAAAGAAGCACCAAUUCGACUCAGCGGAAAUCCAAACCAGUGACUUUGCGAUUUGAACCGGGCAGAGAAGUCAUAACUCAGUGCGUUAGGCCUAAAGGGGUUUCUUCGACGAGGAAGGCAAUGACUUCUGAAUUGGUAUGUGGGGGUGAACAACUCACAGUCAUAAAGGAGACAUCUUCAGCACCCUCAAGAUCUGAGGAAGCAGCAGAGCCAAGCCACUGCCGUGACACUUCGCGAGGAAAAAGACCUAAAACCAUUCUGAAGGAGCCAAACUUUCACAGCGUCCAUGUACCUAAGAGCUGUACAAGAAAAGUUGCUUAGACAUUUCUUAUAGUAGUAGUUGUUGUUAUUAUUGUUGUUAUCAUCAUUGUUGUUGUGGUGGUUGUGUUAUCGUUCAAUUGUUUAUUGAAUUACAUUUGCUGGCUCAAAUUUAGUCACUUCCGAUUUUGACAAACUUCUCAUAAAAUUUGUAAUAGUUGGGGACAUAAGAAGGAUUUGUGUGCGUUCCUUCAUCUACAGAGACGAUCGUUUCAUUACACUUAUAAUGUACUCUUGUCCGUCUGCUCAAUUGUUUU